GCGGCGCUGUCGUUAACCCCUGGCCUGGCGGAACGGCAGAGGACGCGGAGCAGGAAGCGCUGAGGUGAGGGGCUGUGGAGCCCGGCCGCCGCCGCCUUCUCCCCGCUGUGGGCAGCAGCCACCGGGGAGCGAGGCCUGUGGGGAAGCGAGAGGCGCCUGGCGUCGCUGCCGCCACGGUCUCCGCUUCCCCCGGCCGGUGAGGAAAGCAGCCCGCGCUGCAGCUAAGGAGGCUGGGAGCGACGGCGGCUCAGGGACCGCUCCAGAGAUGAUGCCGAUGAUAUUAACGGUGUUCUUGAGCAACAAUGAACAGAUUUUGACAGAAGUUCCAAUUACACCAGAAACAACCUGUCGAGAUGUUGUGGAGUUCUGCAAAGAACCUGGCGAAGGAAGUUGCCAUCUGGCUGAAGUGUGGCGUGGAAAUGAACGCCAUAUACCCUUUGAUCACAUGAUGUAUGAUCAUCUACAGAAGUGGGGACCCCGCAGGGAAGAAGUGAAAUUUUUUCUUCGGCAUGAGGAAUCUCCAGCUGAAAGCAAUGAACAGAGUGGGCGUCAGACCCAAAAUCAGAGAAAUGGAAUAAAUAUACCUGUGGAGAAACGUACAGAGAAUGGGGUUGGGAAUCCACGUGUUGAACUCACACUCUCAGAACUUCAAGAUAUGGCUGCCAGACAACAGCAGCAGAUUGAAAACCAACAGCAAAUGUUGGUUGCUAAGGAACAACGUUUACGUUAUCUGAAGCAGCAAGAACGCCGUCAGCAGCAGUCUAUUUCUGAGAGUGAAAAGCUUCAAAAACUUAAAGAACGGGUGGAGACUCAGGAGUCAAAGCUGAAAAAAAUACGUGCCAUGAGAGGACAAGUGGACUACAGCAAGAUCAUGAAUGGCAAUCUGUCUACUGAAAUUGAGCAUAUCAGUGCCAUGUUCCAGGAGAAGCAGCAGGAGUUACAAGCUGCAGUGUUAAAAGUGGAUCAGCUAACUCAGCAAUUGGAGGACUUAAGGAAAGGGAAAUUGAAUGGAUUCCAAUCUUAUAAUGGACAGAUGACAGGACCUGCAGCUGUAGAAUUAAAAAAGUUGUACCAAGAACUACAGAUUCGUAAUAGGCUUAACCAGGAGCAGAACUCCAAGCUUCAGCAGCAGAAAGAACUUUUAAACAAACGUAACAUGGAGGUGGCUAUGAUGGACAAGCGUAUCAAUGAGCUGCGUGAGCGACUAUACAAGAAAAAAGUUGAGGCACGUCAAAAAGAAAACAUUCCUUUAAAUCGUAUUAAUGGAACAUCAUCGCCCCAAUCAUCUCUGACUGCUUCAGGAAGAGUAGCAGCAGUGGGGCCUUACAUCCAAGUUCCUAGCGCUGGCAGUUAUGCUGUACCAAUAGACCCAGUGAAACCACAGUCUCUCACCAUUGCUUCCACUGCGACUCAUGGGAGAUCAAAAUCUGAGACAGAUUAUGGGUGUGUGAAAAAAUCUCCAGGAACCUGGAAGAUUUCUGAUUUAGACAUAAUAGUGGAUCCUAUUCUGUCACCUCCCACUUCCUCUCUUCAGUCUGCUGUUCAAAGUGUCAUCUGCCUGGCACCUACUCUGUCUGACACCCUGCACUCUAAUGAUGGAAAUUGGCCGACACUUAAACAGAGUUCAACUCCCGUGGUAAAACCACCUCAAGUCUCCAAUGCAGACUGGAAGGAAUCAAGCAUGGAUACUGCUUUAAAACAAGGAACUGUAUCCAGUCAACCUUUGCCAUCUUCAGUAUUAGGAAGUACUGAUAAACUGGGCCUUGAUAUGGGGAAAGUGCCACCUACUAUCCCUGGUGUAAGUAAGCAGUUGCCUCAAAACUAUGGAACCUAUCCAAGCCCUGUUCCUUUAGGAACAGGUUCUACAAAUUCACUGGAAAGGCGGAAGGAUGGCAGCCUACCAAGACCUGGCUCCAGUAUAACAAAUCGGCAAAGACCUAUUCCAUUACCACCAUCGAGCAAUAUACAUCAGCCUAGUUCCUCACAGCAGAUACAACAGAGAAUUUCUGUACCUCCUAGCCCUACUUAUCAACCUUCUGGUCCCUCCUCAUUUUCUGGCGGAGAUGGCAGGCCUGAGCUCCCUUUAACUGUGGCUAUCAGGCCUUUUCUAGCUGAUAAAGGAUCAAGGCCUCAGUCUCCAAGAAAAGGACCUCAAACAGUGAACUCCAGUUCCAUCUACUCAAUGUAUCUUCAGCAAGCAACACCACCAAAGAACUAUCAACAGGCUGUAUACAAUACCCUAAAUAAAUCAGUAAAAGCAGUUUAUGGAAAACCUGUCCUACAGUCUGGUUCAACCUCUCCAUCACCUUUACCAUUCCUUCAUGGAUCUUUGCCCACCCACACAUCACAGCCACAGUCUCAGCCUCAGAUUGAGUUCACUGAAAAAGAUCAAGAGCUGGAAAACAUUCCGCCAUCAGGUGAAAAUAGCAAUGUGGAAAACAUUCCUCGCCCUCUCAGUCCUACUAAGCUUACACCUAUUGUGCAUUCACCCCUGCGAUAUCAAAGUGAUGCUGAUCUUGAAGCUCUUAGAAGAAAAUUAGCCAAUGCUCCUAGGCCAUUAAAGAAGCGUAGCUCUAUCACUGAACCUGAAGGGCCUAGUGGACCAAAUAUACAGAAGCUACUGUAUCAGCGCUUUAAUACACUUGCUGGAGGAAUAGAAAGUGCUCCUUUUUAUCAACCAAGCAACCCACAGGACUUUAUAGGCAACUUAGCAGAUGUUGAUAAUGGAAACACUAGCACCAAUGGCAAUAUUGAAGAACCAAUUUCUGUGCAACCCACAGUUGCUCUUCCUGAUGAACCUCCUCCUUCAUCAGAUGCCAAUGAUAAUGAAUUACCUUCUCCUGCCACUGAGGACCUGAUUAGCACUGAAACCACUAACCAAACCUCUGAGACAACUGAAGACAAUAAUAACAAUCCUGCUGUAGUCCCUUCCACUGAGCAAUCACCCAGUCCCAUACCUGAGGUCAGCUCCCCAGUAGAAGAUGAAGUUCCGGUGCCACCAGCUGUUCCUCCUCCACUUCCUCCAACUAAACGUACCAACCUGAAGAAACCUAACUCUGAACGAACUGGUCACGGUUUGAGGGUAAAGUUCAACCCUUUAGCCCUCCUGCUUGAUGCUUCUUUGGAGGGAGAAUUUGAUCUGGUACAAAGGAUCAUUUAUGAGGUUGAUGAUCCCAGCAAACCCAAUGAUGAAGGAAUUACCCCUUUGCAUAAUGCAGUGUGUGCUGGUCAUCACCACAUUGUAAAGUUCCUGCUUGAUUUUGGUGUUAAUGUGAAUGCAGCAGACAGUGAUGGAUGGACGCCUUUGCAUUGUGCAGCUUCUUGCAAUAGUGUUCAUCUCUGUAAAGUACUUGUAGAAUCCGGGGCAGCAAUUUUUGCUUCAACUAUAAGUGAUAUAGAAACUGCUGCGGACAAGUGUGAGGAGAUGGAGGAGGGUUAUAUUCAGUGUUCCCAGUUCUUGUACGGAGUACAGGAGAAGUUGGGAGUCAUGAACAAAGGAGUAGUGUAUGCUCUAUGGGAUUAUGAAGCCCAGAAUAAUGAUGAGUUGUCAUUCCAUGAAGGAGAUGCCAUUACUAUCCUGAGACGUAAGGAUGAUAAUGAAACAGAAUGGUGGUGGGCUCGACUCAAUGAUAAAGAAGGCUAUGUGCCUAAAAAUCUUUUGGGGCUAUAUCCAAGAAUAAAGCCUAGGCAGCGAACCCUUGCUUGAAUUCAGAUGUUUGGCAGUGCAAAACAUGGCUGGUAACUGGAAGCUUAAGCCCACACUGGAGUCAUCCUUUUCUAUCACAUUUCAACUGGAGACAUAAAAUUAUAAUCUUUGUUUUUAAUGGUGCUCUCUCUUGUUAAUGGACAGCAGUCAAGGGUUUAAAAAUCUGCAGUUUGUAAAUGAAGAUCAUUCCAUGUAACCUAUCUACAGUAUUUUGUCAACUCUACUCUAAAUACCAAAAAUACUCUUCUAGAAGAGUCCAUGGAUGGAAGCUUCUUGUGUUAAAUGUUCACAAAUGUAAUUUCCAAAUUGCAGAUGUGCUGUCCAAUCUGUUCUAGUCCCACAAUAACUGUCCCAUGUCAAGAUUUGAUAUUUUUUGACACCACUGAAUGUUGUUUACUCAUUACUGACUUAAUUCUGUGUAUGCUGCAGAGAAGACUUUCACAAGUUAAGUGCAUAAGCAGUCACCAAGGCUCUAUAUACUCUAGGAUUUAGAAAUAAAGAUAUGUUAACUGAUGUUCUAAGUCCUAGUCUAGGGCCUGCUCUACACAUAAGACUUAAGUCAACCUAGCUACAUUGCUCAGGGCUGUGAACAAUUUUACAUCCUGUAUCACAGUUAGGUCAACCUAACCCCUACCAUACAUGCAGCUAUUGAAUGAGAGGUAGUUUACCUACAGCAAUGGAAAAACCCCUUCCCUUACUAGAGGAAGCAUCAUGCUACAGCUGUGCCACUGUAGUGUAAAGAUACCCUUUACAAAGCUCAAACAGAAGCUUUAGAGAUGCUAGGAUCUAGAUUUUGUUUGCAUUUAAAUGACAAGCCAGAAUCAAAACUACAGUUUUUGUAUACUUCUCAAAACCCCUACACUAAUUAACUUGUUCAUUUUCUUGGUAUUCAGCUUAUUACACGAGUUUUACCUCUACUAAUUUAAGUUACAGGUCCCACUCCCACUAACCUGUGAACUUGUCUGUUUGGAACAAAAGAACAUGUAACAGUGGAUUUGCAGUCAGAUUAAAAGGAUUUGUAUGUUUGCAUGGAUGAAAGUGCAAUAGUUGAGAAGGGUAAGAGUCUGAUAAGUUAAGAGGUACACUAACUUGAAGUCUGCCUGAGUAGUUGAAGGACUAAAAAGUGGAGAGCUAGUUGUACUAAUAUUGAGAGUCAAUGAGAGGAAGAGAAACAAGGGGUUUGAGGAUUUGAGAAUGGCAAUAAUUUGCUAUUUUGGUAAGGACAGUUUCUGUGGAUCUUGGCAGCCCGACACCUAUUGCCAAGGUGUGUUAUGCAAUAACCUUUCCACUAUAGUGUAGUUUCAAGCAAAAAAAAAAAAAAGCAGCACUUCACUGGAGUUAAUUGUACAUGGUUUUAUAUACCAGAAAUAUAUUUUGAAUUUCUCGU